UACAGUUCAAACGUCUUUAUUUUAAUCACAAAUAAGUUUUCACUUCAUAUGUUAAGAAUAGCUUCGUAUCAAAUAAGAGACAGUAAAAAAAUAUAAUAAUACGUAGCAACUAUUCACAAUGCAGGAUCCUACUCAUAAGAAUCUGCUCGAAGGCGAUGAAAAAGGAUUUGAUGCUCUGCACAGGCCUCGCAUGACUGAAGAAGCCAUCAAGAAACAGUGCAAGGAAAUUAAACUGUAUCAGACUCCACAUCUAAAUGAUGUGUUGUACCUUCAUUACAAAGGUUACAGGAAGAUAGAGAACUUGCAGGAAUACACAGGACUGAAGUGUCUAUGGCUCGAGAACAAUGGCAUUGAGCGUAUUGAAAACUUGAGCAACCAGUCACAACUACGUAACUUGUAUCUGCAAUACAAUGUGAUAAUGAAGAUUGAAAAUCUGGAACACCUGCUUAUGCUGGACACCCUGAAUGUGUGUCAUAACUUUAUUGAGAAACUGGAGAACAUAUGCAAGUUGCCAGCACUGCAUACUCUCAGCAUCAGCCACAACAGACUGCAGUCAGCACAGGACAUCCGCGAGCUGAGCGAGUGCCACUGCUUGGCUGUCGUGGACCUCUCAUACAACUUGCUGGAUGACCCACAAAUAGUGCAGGUCUUUGGAUCAAUGUGCAACCUGCGUGUCUUGACUGUCAUGGGGAACCCUGUACUGAAGAUGAUCUCAUGUUACAGAAAUGUCCUUACUGUGGCAUGCGUAAGUACCUGGCCAUAGAGAACAGAACAGCUCAGCUGUAAUGUCUUCACUUGUAACUAAGAGGUACCUGGAUACUGAAUCACAAGUCUCUGAGUUUUCUUCAGUCCUUCUAGGAAAAGGCCAUGAUGCUAUUUCCAAAACACUUGCUAUGUGAUGAUGAUUAAACAACCCAGGAUAGGUAAACAAACGCCUUCAGGGUUAGCCUUGCAUCUCAUUUCACAGUUUAUAAUAAAUAAAAAUUGGUUUAGUGUGUGGAUAGAUUAAUAAUCACUUAUAAAUAUUUGUACCCAAGACGAAUGAA